AUGAUAUCCAAUAACUACACAGACAUAGUGCUAAGGAUAGAUGAGUACUUCAGGGUAGACCCAACAGUGAAACAUAAGAAAGAGAAAGCAAACCUUAGAAAACAGUGUAACAUACUUAAGCAGAAACUCAGCGAAGCAACAGCAUGCUACCGAGACCUAAGUUCACAGCACACAAAUACUAAGCAGUUACCACAACAGUGUAAAGACAAAAUUAAAAGAUGCUCAGCAGCACAUGUCGGCAUUUUUUAAGCAUUCCCUUCCUGCUGCCAAGUAGAUUUCAGACAUCUUGUAAGCAAAUUUAAGUUAUCUCACCAGUUAUCUCACCAGUAGAUCCCAGUUAUCUCACCAGUAGAUUUGAGUUACAGUAUCUUGCAAGCAAAUUCAAGUUAUCUCACAAGUAGAAUUCAAGAUGAAACCCAGUAAAACCUAAGGUAUCUUACAAGUAGAAUGACAGAUAAAACUGAGCAAACUCAAGUACCAGUAACAAGUGAAAAGAAGAAGGACCCCAGAAGAGUAGCUGCAGGGAAACGAUUAGCGGCAAUCAGUAAAAUAGCAAAGGAGAGAUAAAGAAAACAGGCUGAACCCAAUGAGUCACCUAGUAAUGAUAGUAUGAUUGCCUACAUAGGAGUGGCUAUUGCAUUAAUAUCUCUUGUGCUAGCGUAUAAGUCGCAUCAGAGGGAAGAAAAAGCAUUGGAACCUGAGUACGUACCACAAACUGUGACAAUAGUGAAACAACCUGAUGAGUCUAGAAUCGAUUCACUUGAACGAUACACUAAACAUAACAUAUAUUAUAACAAAAUGACUACAAAUACACCUAUUGUUGUGAAACUUCCAAACUACAGCGAUGAAAUAUGCGAAGCAGUUUUACUUACGGCAGGAGCAGUUGGGAUAUCCAUGACAUCGACGAAGUUACUGAAAGAAUCUCUAGGAACUCCAGAGAGUGCAAAGGGAAUGAUGAAGUUAGCUUUCUCAGUCUUCCUCUCAUCCAUAGUGAUCGAUUACGCAAAAGGCAAGAAGUUCAUUCCAGAUGACCCAUUCAAACCUAAGCAGUAG